ACAACAUAGUUUCGUCUCGUCCAUCCAAAUACCUUUCUCUCUCUUUUCUUUCUUUAUAAAUUGGGAAAAUUUGCUUAACGAGGAAUUGUCGUGAUUGUAUCAUAAUGACGAUGAAUAAUAUAAUAAGGACAAAGUGUAUCGUCGCAGGUGACAGUACCGUCGGCAAAUCUGCGAUUGUUCAGUCUUUCUUGACGGAAGGAUCCCAGUUUCCAAAGAAUUAUAAUAUGACAUUGGGUGUAGACAUACAGACAAGGCUUAUCAAUGUUCCUGAUACCAGUUACAGUGUGGAGUUAUACCUGUACGACUUCUCGGGAAAAGAGUUUUACAGAGAUUUAGUUCUGAAAAUGAGUAGUCAACCCUCACUUGUCUUUAUGGUUUAUGAUUCAACUUCAGAGAGCUCCUUCAAAAAAGUGGUUGAUAUUUAUACUCAGAUCAAAGAGGAAACCAAGAUGAGUUCACUGAAGGGCGUUCUCUUCGCCAACAAGACUGACCUGACCACACGUCGCCUGGUCAGCCCCAAAGCCGGGAGGGAUCUCUCUCAGAGUUUAGGGCUUGUGUAUUUUGAGGGAUCUGCGAAGGACCAUGCAGGUGUUGACGAGCCCUUUUUUUACCUGGUCAAUGAGUGGUUCAAGAUGUACACGGAUAAAACACAGUCAUUCAAGCUCUUGAGUUAAUAACAGAUUGUAGUUUGAUGGUUUGUGUUAAGAUAUAUAUAUUUUUAAUGUUAUAUAGGGUAAAAUCACAAUACACAUCUUUUUCAUUGUUGAGAUAUAUAUAUGUCUAGAAGAAACACAUUUUAGAGGAUGUAUUAUUUAUAAUAGAUUUGAUAAAAAUUGCUGAUCUCUCAGAAUAUCAAGAUUUUCAUGUCGCAUUAAGGAAAUAUAUAUAUUUAAAUGAACAUACUUAUACUGUGUGAAUUAUAUGCAUCCAAUUUAUUUGUGUAUUUUUCUGUAUUUUAUACAUUACUAAGAAAAAUAUCAGUUCAAAAUUUUAUUUGUUUUAAUGUAAUAUAUCAAAAGUAAAGUGCUAAAAAUUGAUAAUAUGUGUUAUAAAAGAAAUAUUUUUUGUGCAUAUUUUCUCACAUAAAUUGUCACAUAUUUCAUAUCACCUUUGCAAAAUCACUAAUAUUUUGCAAUUAACACAAAAUAAAUAAAAAUGGUUUAA